AUGAAUACAAAUGGUAGCAAUACGGUGUUUUGGUACUUCAAAAAUGGAGAUGUAUGGUGUGAUAAGUCCGACGCUGAAUGGGUUAAAUACAGAGAUGUUGAAAUGCAAAUUAUAGAAGAAGCUUAUCAGCAAGGAAAAUCUGAAGUUCUUCUUGAUAAAUAUCGAAUUGAUUUGAAAGAAUUCAUUCAAUUCAAUCGAACUGACUCAUUGAAACAGCGUCCUGUACGACGUCAAGUAGACUGUAAAGUACAAGAAUGUUUACGUGAAGAACGGUUUUGUUCUCCACCUUUUCUUACGUCAACACCAUCAUAUGGAAAAGCACUAGCGUGGUGUCCAUUUCUUACUGAAUGGCUCAAAUCACCAGCGGGUAGAAAAGCUGCACUGAACUUUCCUUCAGCCAUUGAUGCUUGUAUAAAUGGAAUUCUGCAAGAAGCGAUAAAACAUCAAAGUAAUAGUGAAACAGAAGCAAAAUGGAUGGUUGAUCAAUUGAAGUCAUGUAAAAUGAAACCUAGACGUGAAACGUCAAAAGUUUGCAUUCAUUUAUAUACUCGUGAAAGUUUUCUUUAUCAUGUUCUAAAUACUGCUUUGCGUGAAGCAGAUCAUUCGAAAUUGGAUACUCUCGGACCACUUUGCUUUCUUAUUCGUGAUUAUUCACGUACUUGUACAGAAUUUAUUGGAACAGUCUAUCGAGGAGUACAACUACCAUUGACGGCGAUUCUCUCUUAUAAACAAGCAGUAGGUUCAUGGCGCACGUGGCCUAGUUACACAUCAACAAGUAAAAAUAGAGAGAUGGCUGAAUUUCGUGGAAAUACAUUGUUUAUCAUUGAAAUUAUCAAUAGCAAGCUAAGUUUACAGCGUGCAUACGACGUGUCUGAAAUUUCGCAAUUUCCUAGUGAAGACGAAGUUCUUUUGCCAGCUGGAGUGUCUUUUCAAGUGAUUAAUGUUGAACAGGAGCUUAACCAAAAAUAUAUAAUUCAAAUAAAACUUUGA